UCCCUUUUGCCCUCUUGGCGCAGGAGAGCCGAUGGCGGCAACGGAGCCAGCCGGCGUGCCGCCCCAGCUGCCAGCUGCCGGUGCCCGCCCGCGCCGCCCACGAGCACACGGCGCACGAGUGGCGGCCAGGGUGCGGCUGGCGGCGGCGGCGGCGCCUCGAGGGGCGGGGCGGUGGCGGCGAGCACGAUCCGGAGCCGCGCCGGCGACGACGGGUCCGGGGACGAGGAGGGCGGCGAUGGGACGCGGCAGCGGAUGAGCUGGUCGGCCGAGGAGGACGAGGUCAUCGUCACCGCCGUGCGCGAGCUCGGGCCUCGCUGGUGCGCGGUGGCGGCGCGGCUCCCGUCCCGCACCGACCAGGCGAUCCGCAACCGGUGGAACCGGCUGCAGCAGCGCGCGCGGGUGCAAGCGCGCCAGGCGCACAACAUGCAGGCCAUGAUGCACUCGGCGGCAGGCUUGGUCGGCGGCAUCGGACAACCGGGCUUGCACACUUAGCGCGUUCGAAGCGGUUUUCGGCCUCUGCAUCGCGCCCGGUGGGCGAGCAAGGGAGGCGACGGGAGGAGGAGAGCAAGGUGCUCGCAAGGUACAGCGGACGCAGUGUCGCCGCGUGACAGCGCACACUCCACAUGCACACUUGAUUGUGGCGGCCAGUGACUGAAUCAGGCUGGUGGGGUGGAGAAAAACUGCAGACAGUGGUUGCGGGAGUUUUCUGUCUUGAACUGUAGCGUACAGGGAGAGAGUGGCGUCGUGUGUCAGGGCGUCUAUAGCGUACUGAGCUCUGCGCCCCAGGGUGGCCGCUGUCCGACAGUCCCUCCCGCGCUCGCGGGCGGCUGUCCCUCUAGGGCUGUCCGUGUCCGUCACUGCGUGGUCAGUCUCUCGAUCUUGAACUUGCUU